UCUUACAGAAUAGCUGUUAGACGAGGCAGUAGAACAGCUGUGAUCCUCUCCGCCCACUCUUUUCAUUCUUCGCUCUUGCAUUUUUUUCCAGUCUCUUUUCAUCCCUUUUCCUCUCCACAUGCCUGCAGUGCUUUAUCUUCAUACAUGGGACUGAGAGCUUAUGCGGCUCAGAUGGGAGGUGUAACUGCUGUGUGCUACAUGAACGCGCGUGGCUGUGCACGGAGGUGGGUAGUGCCAAGCAAGGGAUGCUGAACGGAGGCCGUGAGGGCCUGUUCGAGCAGGGCAGGCGCUUCCAGCAGGAGGGUGAUUCCAGGGCGGCUCUGCAGUGCUUUCUCAGCUGCCUGCUGGGUCUGACCCAUGUGCACAGCUUUCACUUGCUGCCAAACUGCCUGCAUCAGAUCGCUGAACUCUUCAUCGAUGAGAAAAAUUAUGAGAAAGCACUGCAGUUCAUUCAGGCAGAGAAGAUGUUCUAUGAGGUGGCAUUGAUCGAACUCACUGCUCUACAAGGAAGCACAGUAGGCUCUCAGGAGGACAGUACACUGGGUUCACCAGGAUGGCUCUCCCCAGAGGAGUUAUCAGAACAGGUCUCGCAGGCCCAGGAUCUUGAGAGGCUGGCCCAACUUUGCAUCAUGAGUAAAAGACCUCAUCUUGCUUUAGAGUAUAGUGGCAAGGCUACAAAAAUACACCAGCGAGCAUUUGGUAAUGAUCACCCCAUCACAGCCAGGAGCCUGGAGCUUCUGGGCACAGUCUAUGCUGAGAUUGGCAAGACUGAAUACUCAGACUCAUUGGGUCAGUGUGUGUCAGCUCUGUCAAAAACAUCCUCUGCCCCUGAGUCAUACAACAAUACAUUCAACGGUUUUGCUCUAAGUCAUAAAGAUUCUGAGCUCUGGCACAGAAAAGAUCCACAUCCUCUGUCAGACACUCCAAAACCAAAGGUCAUCAACAGUAAGAUCCCCAUCUCCAUCCUAAAGAGGACCAACGAGCCGUCCUCAACUCAGCGUCGGAAAACGGAUAGGCGUGUUCGUUUCACCGAACCAGAGAUUACUGUUCAUGACAUUCCAUAUUAUGACUGUUUAGGAGGAUAUGACUCAUCUCAGAGCCGUCCCCACCUGGCCCUGCUUACAUGUCUGUUCCUGCUGCUCUCAGCAUUGGGUUUAGCUCUGUACUGCACACACCGCCGACGGCCCCAUCGUGCCUGUGAAGAACUACAGGCAGCACUCGCUGUCUAUCUGCUGCGGUUCAAACAAAUCCUGUGGGGCUGCUGGAUCUGGCUGACCAUGCAGUGAGCAUAACAGAUGACCAGUGGCAUCACUGUUCUCUACACAUGCUUCCAUGAGCACAGAAAGCCAGACAAUGGUACAGAACAGACUAAAGAGAUAAGAAUCAUGGUUUCAUGGAAAAACUUUGGAAUAAUGGUUACUUAAAAUAAGACCCUUUAUUUGAUGGUCCCCACACCCUGGGACUAAAAAUGCCUUCUAAAUCCACUCAUGAAAAAACAGUUAACUUUUGCGCACCAACUACAGAUGGCAUUCUUAUGCCCUUUAUGACUUUAAUGCCAUAUCCUCAUUUUUACUGAGAGGCAGAUACAUUUCAAUAUCUCUGCUUGUAGCAGUUGAGUUUAGACCACGUUUAUGUUUCUAACGAUGUCUCUUACAACCUAUUUAAAGAAUAUUCAUAUAAAAUCAUUGAAUAAAAUCUUAAUGUAUUAAAGUUAGAUUUAGGUUGAAGAAAAUUGAAAAUUAGAUUUUGAUUAUUCUUUAAAUCAAUAUAUGAAGGUCACACUCAAUCACACAGCUGCACCUAUGCUUCUCCAUAAAUGUUCUCACCUAUUUUCUUAUUUACUACAGUUUGCAGCAGUCUAUAUAGAAUGCAAAACACUAUUAUUGAUUUCACUAUUAAUACAAUAUGCUUUGAAUAAUUACACAUGUAUAUAGAAAAUAUUAAUGACUAUCACCUAAGUAAUCCAUAUUAUUGUGCACAUUGUAUUUUAAUGUACAUAGAAUCAUGAACACUCAGUACUCAGUGUAACUCUGUUACAAAUGAUUGACUAUGGUGUAAAGUUAAGCACAAUGUUUCCAUCUUUUACAUUUACUAAAAACGUGAAACAAGACAGUUUCACAGUGUAGCCAGCCAUAUUUUCUGCCAAGUCAGAUUUACUUCAUAAUUCAAUGGGCAAGGACAAUUUUUAGUUUACAAAAAUCCAAAUUAGUAUAUUUGAACUAUUUCUAUGUUCCUGUCAGUUGUGUUUAUUUUUUUGCUGUUGCAUGUAUAUAAUACUUAUUUAUUUGACUAUUUUUGUAUUUUUUUCUAUCUACUAUUUUCUAUAGUUAAUAUCAUUUUGGUUAUGUUUUUUUUUUUUUUUUAAAUUGAUCUCAGCAUUAGUGAUUUUAAUUAUAUCAUGAGAGUAUUUUCAAACCUUUAAAGCUAAUGGUAUAUUUCCACUUAAACCUUACAGAUAUAAAUGGGCAUUCACUACUGAUUAUGAUCAAAUGUUCAAGCAAUAAAAUGUUCUUUCUGUAAUUGAUCACAAUGACAUUAAUUAUAUGCCAAUAAUAAUGGAUGAAGCACUUUUACAAAAAUGCUAGUAAAAAUAUCCUCAUCAUAAGGGAUUAUACCAAAUACAUACCCAAUAUUCUCACUUUAUUUGAUCUAUGUAUCAUAUUUAAUCCCUUUUAAUGAAUGUUUUUCAUUUAAGAAUGAAAAAAAAAUAUUUACCUAAAAAUCUAUAACCAUUUGUUUCCAACACACUAACUGGGCCUCACCAUCAAUCAUUAAUUAGCAUUCCAUUAGCAUUUGGUCAUAAGAGUCCCUACUGCAGAUUAAUGCCGGACAUUAGAUGUGUUUUCACUCUUAUUCUUGUAGCUAACUGUACUUUAAUCAUGCUCUUUGGUAGGCGGAGUUCUGGAGCUGUACACACUAUACUUUGAGUACCAUUACAUCAUGAGCAGUGACAUGUAGGACAGAUUGCAUAAAGUUCAACACAUUCAUUACCUACUAUCAAAUGCAGAAAAAUAAAACCACUGUGAGAUAUUUGGGAGGAAAUGAAUGGCGGUCUAGGUCACAUAAAAUGUCUGAAAAUCUUUUCGCGGAAUAAUUACACUGAAUGUAUCUUUGUACAUAAUUAUGCAUAAAAAGCUAAACAGUAUACAGCGCAUGAUUGCCCGUUGUAUAGCACAGCUUAAUACUGUACAUGUGUACUGUUGUUUGAAGAAAGUUUUAACCAACUGGUUUGUACUUGAAUUUCAAAUCUUCAAGGCAAUAUUAGGCACUGUUCACUUACAAGGGAAUUGAAUAUAGAUCCUUUGAUACUUUAUUUGCUUUAUUUAUAAAGCAGUGAAGUCUCAUCAGACAGAGCACAUGCUCUCUUUAUGAUCUGGGUUUGAUUUGGUUGGGUGUGUUUCCUCUCCCUUUUUUCAUUAGUGACACUGUAUGAGUCUACUUUUAAUAGAAGUGCCUUUUUAAGGUUCUCUCCUUUCUCUCAGUUUAAAUCACACUGUAACAGGUCGUCAAUAAAAGCCAUCAAAUAAACUAUAUUGCAAACCAGA